AUGCGUUCCAUCAACAUCGUGGCUGCGGCUGUUGGGCUGCUGAGCGCACCGGCUCUUGCUUCUCCCAUCGAGACGCGCGAUGUUCUUUCUGGCCUGCAGAUCCGGGCGAUGGACGCCCUCAAGGCAGCCAACCCAGGAAUGAUGAACAAGCGCAGCAGCUGCAACAUUUUCAACGCACGCUAUCGCCGGGAUUGGGAGGCAUUCUCUGAGAAGGAGAAGAAAGCGUACAUCAGUGCUGUCCAGUGCAUGUUGACGUCGCCCUCGAAGUCAGACCCGGAGUUUGCCCCGGGCGCCCGUAACCGUUAUGAUGACUUUGUUGCUGUGCAUAUCAACCAGACUACCACCAUCCACGGCACCGGAAACUUCCUGACGUGGCAUCGGUAUUUCACCUGGGCUUAUGAGGAGGCUCUGAGAAACGAGUGUGGCUACCAGGGCUCUCAACCUUACUGGAACUGGCUCAAGUACCAAGAUGAUUUGACCAAGUCUCCAAUCUUCGAUGGUAGCGACACGAGUCUCAGUGGCGACGGUGCCUUCGUGCAGCAUAAUGGCAGUCUCAGCGGUGCCGGCGCCAUCUGGUUGCCUUCCGGUAAGGGCGGUGGCUGCGUAGAGAGUGGUCCCUUCGUCAACAUGACAGUCAACCUUGGACCUGUGAACCCUGGUAUGGAUGGCAUGGAGGCCAGUCCCGCAGGCAGACUCGGCCACAACCCUCGAUGCCUGAAGCGUGACCUCAGUUCCUAUACCAUGACGAACUGGAUGACGAACGAGAACAUGGCCAACAUCACUAUCGGAGCUGCUUCCCGCAACAUCGAGCUUUUCCAAAACGAACUCCAGGGACGGUUUGCAGACGGCUUUCUCGGCAUGCACGCCGCAGGCCACUUUUCCGUCAAUGGAGAGGCGAGCGAUCUGUACUCGUCACCCGUUGACCCUUCGUUCUUCCUUCACCAUGCGAUGGUCGACCGUGUGUACUGGCUGUGGCAAGCUCUGCACCUAUGGAACGCUUUUGAGGUUGCUGGCACAAUUACGAUCAACAACAGACCCGCGAGUCGGAACACAACCGUGGAAGAUGUUCUCUACCUUGGAGUCUUGGCAGAGAACCGCACCAUCAGCGAGCUGAUGAACACGAUUGGCGGAUCGCCACUUUGCUACGUCUACGCCUAA